AUGGUAACCAAGAAGAGCAAGUACAUUUAUAGUGAUAUUAUUGUUGUGGAGGGAAACUGCAGUGCUGUGAUUCAAAGAAUCCUUCCACCAAAGCAUAAGGAUUCGGGGAGUGUCACAAUCCCUUGCUCUAUUGGUUCAGUGUUUGUUGGUAAAGCUCUCAUUGAUUUGGGGGCCAGUAUAAACUUGAUGUCUAUCUCCAUGUGUAGGAGAAUUGGAGAGUUGGAGAUUAUGCCAACUAGAAUGACACUACAGCUUGUAGAUCGUUUUAUAACAAGACCAUAUGGGGUGAUUGAAGAUGUUCUAGUAAGGGUGAAGCAUUUUACUUUCCCUGCAGAUUUAGUGGUUAUGGAUAUUGAAGAGGACACUGAAAUUCCCUUGAUUUUGGGUCGUCCCUUCAUGUUAACAGCCAGUUGCAUGGUGGAUAUGGGAAAGGGUAAGUUGGAAAUGGGCAUAGAUGAUCAGAAGAUCAGCUUUGACCUAUUUGAUGAAGAGAAGCACUUACUAGACCAUAAUGUCUAUUCAAAGGUAGAGGAACUUAAUAAUGAGAUGGUUCUGAUGGCCAGAGCCAAGCUUGCUCCAGAUCCAUGA